GGGGACGUCAGUCAUGGAGUCUCUCUGGAGGCUGAAACGGUUUGAUGCGUUCCCCAAAACCUUGGAGGAUUUUCGGAUCAAGACCUGCGGCGGCGCACUUGUGACAGUAAUCAGUGGACUCAUCAUGUUAUUACUGUUCUUCUCAGAACUCCAGUACUAUCUCACAAAGGAGGUUCACCCAGAAUUAUAUGUUGACAAAUCAAGGGGAGACAAGCUCCGGAUAAACAUAGAUGUUGCCUUUCCCCAUAUGCCAUGUGCUUAUCUGAGCAUUGAUGCAAUGGACGUUGCUGGAGAGCAGCAGCUAGAUGUUGAGCACAAUCUCUUCAAACAGCGCUUGGAUAAAGAUGGCAAGCAUGUGACUCCAGAAGCAGAAAGACAUGAGCUAGGAAAAGAAGAGGAAAUAGUAUUUGAUCCCAACUCCUUAGAUCCUGAUCGUUGUGAAAGCUGUUAUGGAGCCGAGUCUGAGGACAUCAAAUGCUGUAAUACUUGUGAUGAUGUCAGAGAAGCAUAUAGGCGGCGGGGCUGGGCCUUCAAGAAUCCAGACACUAUAGAACAAUGCAAGAGAGAAGGCUUCAGCCAGAAAAUGCAGGAGCAGAAAAAUGAGGGCUGCAAAGUGUAUGGGUUUCUAGAGGUCAACAAAGUAGCUGGCAAUUUUCAUUUUGCGCCAGGAAAAAGCUUUCAGCAGUCUCAUGUUCAUGUGCACGCUGUUGAGAUUCAUGAUCUGCAGAGCUUUGGACUUGAUAAUAUAAACAUGACACAUUUUAUCAAGCAUCUUUCCUUUGGGAGGGAUUAUCCUGGCAUUGUGAACCCUCUUGAUGGGACAGUUGUCGCAGCAGAGCAAGGUUCCAUGAUGUUUCAGUAUUUUGUAAAAGUGGUUCCAACAGUGUACAUGAAGGUUGAUGGUGAGGUGGUGAGGACAAACCAGUUUUCAGUAACACGGCAUGAAAAAAUAGCAAAUGGCCUGAUUGGAGACCAAGGUCUACCUGGUGUGUUUGUGCUCUAUGAGCUUUCUCCCAUGAUGGUGAAACUAACUGAGAAACACAGGUCCUUUACACAUUUUCUCACAGGAGUCUGUGCUAUUAUUGGAGGAAUAUUUACAGUUGCAGGACUCAUUGAUUCCUUGAUCUAUCAUUCAGCUCAGGCAAUUCAGAAGAAAAUAGAGCUUGGGAAGAUGACAUAGAUUGGUUGGAAAAACUUGAAGGAACGAAAAAGAAUCCCCUAAGACAAUGGCUCAUUUGAAUGUAUUGAGAGCAGUUGCCUGGACAAGUGAAGACCCUCUGACAGCAGUUCCAGGCUUGGCUGCAUUCCAUGUGUGGGCAUUAAUUCAUGUUUGGGAGAAGUAAAACAAGGGAUUCAUUAAACAUCCUUCCUGUGCAACAGUUAAAUCAGUGCUAUAACUUAGAUUCUAGUACUUGUCUGAUUUUUUGGGUGUCUCAACAUGGAUUCUGAGACAUGGAGCAGUUGAACAGAACUCAUUUUAAAAUGUGAACAAAUGUUUUCUUGUUUUACUUGUACCCAGUGCUACCCCUAGGUUGUACGUAUGGAACAAAUUCUCAGGAACGUUUUAAUAAAACUCAAAUAUUUGAUAUAUUUCUACAUUCCCAUCUUCCCACUUCAGAUCUAAUAGAAUUGUGCUAAGUGUGCUACCCUCAGCAGGCUUUUCCUUUCCUUUUCCUUUUCUUCUAUUGUAACUUGAACACUAAGUAUGCUUUGCAGCCUCUGCCCCUGAGUUUCAAGUAUGGAGUUUGCUAUUUUUGAAUGCUGCUGCUUCUAGCAAAGCUACACUGGCUUUUGUUAUACAUUACCCUAUUGAAUUACAUUGUGAAAAGACUUCCUGUUUAACCAGUGAACAUCAUAGAUGAUCACGCAUACUGCCACUUUGUAUAUAUUUUCCAUCAAGGUUGUCUAUCCCUCCCUGGUCAAAUGAUUGUUCUCCUUAAUGCUUCACAUUUAAUGAUAAACUUGACCAGACUGAAAGAACCAUCCUAAAAAAAUUUUUUUAGAAAAAUUGGUGAAUGGCAGCCAUGGUGAGCUACUUUUCAGAUCAGGAGUGGCAGUGAAUUCCUCCCACUCCCAAUUUCUCAACCUCAAAACUCCCUAGAGUUGCCCUGCUGGGAGAGAUAUUGAAGCACUCUGUAAUUGCUCGUAUGUUCCCCUAGCUGAGCAAGUAGCAGCUUCAGAGGGGCAUUUAAAGUUGGGUGAAUGGAAUGGGGAGGAAUAUUAAACCUCUAUCCUGGUUCCUGUUUGAAUAAGCUGCUGUUCGUUACUAAACACACCAUUCACUAUCCCAAAGCGUCUUGUCACCUAAAGCUUGAUAGCGCCAGUACCCAUUUCCAGACUCUUCCUGUCUUUUUGUUCCUUGAGCAGCUUUAUCCCAGCCUUCUAGCCCCUCUGCCUUCCUGAAGCAUUCUUGUUUGGCUGCUCAUUGCUGAGGAUAUUGGUUAUGAGGCUACAAUGCAGCAGUGCAUGCUGUCACACAGCUGCUGGAACAUCAACACCACCACUAGGCACAAAGAUCUUUUCGUCCAGCAGUGCUGAAUGUGAACAUGAAACAACACUGAGGAGAACAUAUUUGAAAACCAGAGUGUUUAAGCAAAAAUGGAACAGUUGAGAGGUUUAUUGUGCCAAAUCAGCUGAAACCUGCCAGCUUAUGUCACAUAUGAACCUGAAAAUUGCUAUUUAUGUAUACUCUUAGACAAGAAAUUUAAUCCCAGUGUACAUGAUGCACAAUGCUCUGAUUCCAUGCCACAGACUGAAGACUUUUCAUUAAUUUAAAUGCUUCCUGUGCCAUUGCUGAACCUCCAUGAAGGACUAGGGAAAAGAUGGUACCCAUGUGAUUUGUGAUGAUUAAUAUUACUUUUCUCUGAUGAGAGAGCCAAUUGUGGGGACGAGUUUCAUAGCAGUAGUUAGACUAUUAAGAUACCUGGGUCUCUGGCACAACACAUUCCAGAGGCAAGUGGGGUAAUGCUGUCCAUUUUAAGUAACACAAAUGAUUUGUCCUGUUAUAAACUAUCUUAGGCUUUUAGAAGUAAGUGUCUUGCUUGAAAUUGUGAUUCUUUUUUUUUCAAACAAUAUUUCUAAUGGGAAAAAGCUAUUUUAUUUGAGUUCGGUUUUAAUGUUCUCAUCAACAAGAAAUGAAUUACUGUUAUGGCAACUGAGAUAGCUCUCCAGAAUUACUUGACAUUUGCACGUGUCCUUUACUACACUGUUCCGUGUAUAGAACUUUUGAAAAGAGAGGCAAAUAAAUUCUUGCUGAAAGGCAAUUGUAAUUUA